AUAUAUUUCAAAGUACCAAAGCUUUGAGGGAGGGAAAGAUUCAGUCCGAUGUAUGUACUUCCCAAGGGUAAUAAUCACAGUCUUGCUUAGGACAACACUAAAUUGGCAACACGUCUAGCCGAUGUUUCUCUUGGAGCUCGUGAAAUAGGCACAUUCUCAAGCAUCACAUUGCCAGGCAAUGAGUUGGCGAUGACACACCUGUUUGCCAAUGCAAUGAUAUUGAAUGAUCCAGCGGUUCUAAAACUGAACUCUACCUUGCUUGUCGGUUUCUAAUUUGAUAUGAACACAUCCUAAUUCAUGGCAUCAUUGAGGAAUGUCUCAUGUUACAAAGAGUGAAGAUAUUUGAUUUAUGAAUCAGUGUUGAUUUCUUUCUUUGUGAAAUCACCUCCAGCCUAAUUGGUAGUCAAUAGUGCACUCACAUCAGAGGAGGAUAAGGAAAAAUCGCUUUGGGAUUGCAUUGAGAACCUUGAAAGAGUCUGACUGCAGAUGGUCUCCAGGGACCAAAACGUCACAGAUGGACAGAGAUCAUUGUAUGCUUGCCAAGUACUUUGGAUGGGAAUAUUAAGUGAGCAUUGAAUCACUCCAGGCUGUACAUCCCUUUGAGAUUUCUUUGUUUGAGCUGGAAUACUUCAACAGAAAAAUGCUUGAAAACCUUCUGAUUGAUGUCUUUGUUGCUGGAAGGUUAUAAGGAUAAACAGAGGUGAGCUAAGAUUGAAUUACCUGCGUAAUUGAUUUGAAGAGGAGAGUUGUGAUCAUUGUAUACAUCGUACCCCCUGGCAUCACUUGUAAGGAAGAACCCUGACAGCGAUCCGAAGCAUAGUGCAUCCUGGGAUUGAAUUUCUUGAUUGACAUCUUUACAUCUUAGAGCCUCUCUUCAAAAGUGAUACAGCCUGACCACAAUGAUGAAUUACCUUCGCCGAAGAUUCUCAGACCCUAAUGCAAUGACCGGCCUUCCUGAUGGCUACUUUCAGAACAUAGGCCGAGAGGAAGUAGUUGAGAAGCGCACUGCCAUCAGCACAUCCAAUAGCCCGACUAUGCCUAGAAGAGACAAUAGCAUGGGGUUCUUGAGUUCUAUUGCACCAAGACAAGAGAAAGGUAACCAGAAGACACUACUAGUGAUUGAUGACCCUCAUACAGACUGGGCCAAGUAUUUCAGAGGGAAACUAAUCCAUGGAGAAUAUGAGAUAAGAGUUGAGCAGUGUGAGUUUUCUGAGUUAAACCUUGCUUCAUACAGCGACGCUGGGGUGACCGUAGACAUGCGAGGAAUCAGACAGGGACAAAGAGUUGUCAGAACAUUUAAGCCUGAUUUUGUCUUGGUACGCCAGCAUGCUCGCAGUAUGGAAGUACAGGAAGAUUGGAGAAACCUUGUGAUUGGAUUUCAGUAUGGUAAUGUGCCAAGUGUUAACUCAUGGCAGGUAGUCUACAACUUCAUGGACAAACCAUGGGUGUUUUCACAGCUGAGUACUCGCCAGGAGAAGCACGGCAAGGAGAAGUUCCCUCUCAUCGACCAAGCUUUCUUUCCUAAUCAUCGGGAAAUGGUAAGUAUACAGGGGAUAAAGAAAGCAAUUUGAAGAUUGAGGGUUUUGGAAUGAUAAAAGUGAUUGGUAAUAAUAGAAUGAACAACCAGCUAGAGGGAGGGUGUGUGUAUGUGAUAGAGAGAGAGAGAGAGAAAGAGAAUGAGACAAAAAGAUAGACAAUAAGUAGGUAAAUGUGAGAGGUAGGGAAAAACUAAACCCAGAAGAGAAUACGUGAAAACAAGAAAGGAGAAAUAGUUUCAUGGAGAAUGGAUUUUCAAGUACUGUAGAACAAAGUGAUGAUUUAUGAAGAGUAUUAAAUCAGCUAACACUUUUUAAAAAUAGUUGUGUUGGUUAGCAGAUCAGUGUUAACAGACAUCAUAAAUUCAUUUUGGAGAGGAUCCCAUGAAACUGUCAGUGUCAACAGAGGGCGAUCUGUAGCAAGCGUGGAUGUUAGCGUUAGAGCUGUGCAUCCGGACAACACGUUCUCCUUGAAACGUAGGCAAAACAGAAGCUAGCCAUCCAUUAUCUUGUUUAAAAAAUUUUCAAUAAUGAGAGGUUGAUGACAAGACCUGAUGCAGGGAUCCAUAGCAUCACGUCACUGUCAUGCCAUGCACCAACUCUGUGGUGCUCACCAAUCAAUGAACGGACGGACAUUGCUUUCCCCUUCACUUGAUGGAAUGAGGUCAGCAUACAGUGCUCUGCUGAUUGGUUAGAUUUCCUAACAAGGUUUCUGAUUGGUCUAAGGAGAUAAGGAAGACUUUUAGUGAUAGAGUUUUCAUUCAAGCCAAGGUCCUGUUUAUAUUUCUUAAGUCUAACUUUUUUUUGAGAUCUGCUCCUUUUCUCUCUCUCCAUGUUCAUGUUAAGGCUUUCUCAAUUCUCAUCCUAUUCAUUUCUUUUUUGUUGUACUGAAUUUUGUUUUAUUACUCCACUCUGUUUAUGUCUAUCUUUCUACAUUUCUAAGGUAUGCUCUAUUUGUGAAAUCUUAUAUCUCAUCUAGUGUAUUGUCUGUCUCUUUACAGUCUUGAUGCUUAAAUUUUCUCAUCUCUUUCUUCUCUCUUUGUUUCUCUUCUUUCUGUCUGCCAAUCUGUCUCUCUUCCAUUCUCUCUUUCCUCUUUCAUUUCAGUCUCUCUUUCUCUUCCUAUCUCCUUUCCUCUCUCUUUCACUUUCUUCUGGUUCAUACCUCCCCUCAUACACGUAUGCCAAUUAACCCCUCCUCCUAUCCAACUUGCAUCCCUUUAUAUAUCUCUGUUAUGUUACCUCCAUUCAUUGCCUCGUGCCAGACCCCAUGCAGUCAGUCAACCAAUGCUUUAUCACCCCGCUCCACUGCAUUCAUUUCCGUUAAACCCCCAACAACAAUUAUUCAUUUAUCCCCAACUGAACAUGUUUGCCUACAUGUUAUUAUAUUUGUAUGAUUAUAUCAUAAUUAAUUUCUUGUAUUAUAUUGAUAAUGCAUAAGAAAUGACUUUUUGUUACCAGUAACAUACAAUUCAUAUGUAUUUGAUUGAUAAAGUUAAAGACUUAAAGUUAAACACUUAAAGUUAAAGUAUGCAAUAUAUGAUGUUCUGAGGGUGCAUGGACCAUCUUACGAGGGAGAUAUGUG